AUGCAGAAACACUUGAUUGCAGCAGUCGGGGAGUUUGUCGGGACCUUCUUCUUCCUGUGGUUCGGCUACGCUGGCAGCAUGCAAUACACAAAGCUGGCUACUCUGUCUCCAUCGUCCCCCGGGGGCAUGGACGAUACGACCGUCUUCUUCCUUGCGUUUGUCUACAGCUUCUCGUUGCUCGUCAAUGUAUGGGCCUUUUACCGCAUAAGCGGCGGGCUGUUUAACCCUGCACUCACGUUUGGCAUGUGUCUGGCAGGGACACUCGAUUGGGCGCGAGCCGCCUUUCUCGUCCCAGCUCAACUCAUCGCCAGCAUGUGUGCCGGCGGUCUCGCGAGUGCCAUGUUUCCCGGGAACAUUUCCGCGGCGAAUAGUCUUCUCUCAAGCGACACAUCGAUUGCGCAGGGCCUCUUCAUCGAGAUGUUCUUCACGGCCUUUCUUGUGUUUGUCGUCUUGAUGCUCGCAGUCGAGCGUUCUAGGUACACUUUCAUUGCCCCCGUUGGUAUCGGGUUGGCGCUGUUCGUUGUCAUGCUGGCGGGGACUUCCUACACCGGCGCUUCACUCAACCCGGCUCGCAGUUUCGGGUGUGCCGUCGCAACGCCUCACUUCCCUGGAUAUGAAUGGAUCUAUUGGCUCGGUCCGUUCAUGGGAGCUGUGGUGGCUGCUGGUUUCUACAAGUUUGUCAAGUGGUCGCAUUACGAAGAGGUGAACCCCCAACGAGAUGCAACGGACUAUGACCAUAGUCAUCAACCGCAACCAGCAGGGCACUCUCUGGUGUAA